UCUGUAAUUAAGAAACUGAAAAGUUUGUUUUCCUGACUAACUUGACAGUAACUAUAAGAAUGAGUUUGGAUUCCUUAAAUUAACUUCUGGACAGAAAAUUUCCAGUUUUUUUUUUUUAUACAAUUGAUUUUGAACUCAAGACAUAGAGCCUUUUAAAGAAAUCACUUUCUGUCUGUCAUUUUUGGGAGAAAAAAUCUAAGAGGAUAGCAUGGAACUGCAACAAGAAGCUGUUGAUUGGUUGGUUCUUCUUCCUCCUUAGCUAGGGUUUGUUUCAUUGCAGAAAGAAAGAAAGAAUACUCUUGCCCAAUUCAUUCAUAGAGAGACACUUGGCUGUGAAAUGGAUCUUUCGGAGUCUAUGAUAAUUGUCUUUAACAGGAUUCAGAAACUAGAGCCUGAAAAUGCUUCAAAAAUCAUUGGAUAUCUUCUGGUGCAAGAACAUAGUGACCGUGAAAUGAUUCGUUUGGCAUUUGGUCCUGACAAUCUGAUCCUCUCUUUAAUUACCAAAGCUAAAAAUGUCUUACGAUUAUCGCCCAAACAGCUUUCACCUCAAAUUUCACCCACCAUGAGCUCUGAAUCAGUUUCAGACUUUUCAUUAUUCACCCCUUUCUCCCCUGCUUCAUCGCGUUCAUUAUCAUCUCCGCCAUCUUUCCGAGCCGUAGCUUCCUACUGGGACCAACAAGUCAUUGUGGAUCAACAACCAAUACGGAACAUGGAUUUUAAUCCUCAGAAUUGUUCUGACUUGGUCGCUGAUGACUACCAUUUCCCAAAUCAAGCUCAGUUCUUGAGUUUAGAUGAUCGAUUAGAGCAUAGACAUGACUAUUACUACCAAGAAUCUGCAUUGGGUAAUCUGAAUUCACGAGUUAGCCGGCGAUCCGGAAGUUUGCCAGAGUUCCCUUUGAAAAUCUGUCAUUAUUUUAACAAAGGAUUUUGUAAACAUGGUAGCAGCUGUAGGUACUUCCAUGGCCAGCCCUUACAGGACAGCUUUUCUCAUAUCUUGAAUGGUGGUGAACUCCUUAGAGAAGAAAAUGUCAUGUCUCCUGGGUCUCUUGAGAAGUUAGAGUUAGAACUGACAGAGCUUUUGAGAUCAAGAAGAGGAUUGCCGGUAUCAAUUGCUUCACUACCUAUGAUGUAUUAUGAAAAGUAUGGAAGGAUUCUUCAAGCUGAGGGUUACCUAACAGAAAGCCAGCGACAUGGGAAAGCUGGUUACAGUCUUACAAAGCUUCUUGCUCGGUUGAAGAAUAGUAUUCGACUUAUUGACAGACCUCACGGACAACAUUCGGUGGUUUUGGCUGAAGAUGCUCCUAAUUACAUGGAGUACCGUGGUGAGAUGACUGAUUCAGGUGGAACUGCUGCUGGGUCUCGACAGAUUUAUCUGACUUUUCCUGCCGACAGCACGUUUACUGAAGAAGAUGUCUCCAACUACUUCAAGGGCUUUGGACCUGUUCAAGAUGUAAGGAUUCCUUGCCAGCAAAAAAGGAUGUUUGGUUUUGUUACCUUUGUCUAUCAGGAGACUGUGAAGAUUAUUUUAUCACAGGGUAAUCCUCAUUUUGUUUGUGGGGCUCGAGUCCUUGUCAAGCCAUAUCGAGAGAAGUCUAGGCUUGUAGCUGACAGGAAGUAUUCUGAGAAAAUUGACAACUCAAUGUACUAUCCAUCUCACAUUCUAGAUGUGCAUGAUCCCGAGGAUUACUCAGUGUCUAGAGUAUAUGAUACCUCUAGAUUACUUAAGAAGCAGUUUAUAGAAGAGCAUGAACAAUUACUCGAGCUCGAGAGAAGACGUCUCUCAGAGAUGCAAUUAGCAACCAAGUCAUUGGCACACCAACCCUAUCUUGGUUUCAUGGAUGACGUUAGACUCUCCGAAGCAUUUGCAGAUCACAAUCAGUACACAUCCACAGCCGAUCGUUUCAGUUAUUUUCUUGAUAUGCUAAACAGUGGUUCUGUGCCUGAUGACAAAACAGGCAAUUGCAGUUCUAAUUAUGGUGAGGAGGGCAGCCAAGGGAUAAAUCUCCCUGAAAGUCCAUUUGCAUCUCAAAUAACCAACAGCAUUCCGACGGUACUGUAGAUUAGUAUGUUAAUAAAGAAAAAGGAAGAAAGAAGGAAUAGACAUACUGGAACUGAAAAUUUUUUCUUGGUAUGAUGGACAAACUUAUCUCAAAUCAAGUGGCAGCAGCUGAGUUUAUACAAAUUAGAGGAUUUACUAUCACCAUUGGUUCAUUAUAAGAUGAUGGCUUCUCUCCCUGUUGGGGUGAAGAAAGUAGCAAAGAGAGAUACAAAAUAUGUAACAAGUUUCCACACUUAUUCUUCUAACAAUUUGUGAUUACAAAUGCUAGGAAUCUGUGGGAAAUUCUAGAACAGAAAUGUAAUGUAUAGUUUGUCUUAGUUGAAGAAAACAAGUACAAGAAAAGAAAAUAAGGAAGUGCAGAGUUGAGGAAAGAAGAAAACAAGUUCCUUGUCUUAACUCUGCCAUCCUUGGAACUGAUGGAAAUAAAUUGCUGGGCACUGGCAGUUUAAUAAGUUGUCGUGAAUAUGGAACUGUUUGUUAUUUUUUGCUGUUGCGCCCAGCUAUGUAGAUCGCGCACAAUGCUUUUCUAUG